GGGUCGUGGAACACAGCCUAAGUUGGGCUGUUGAUGAUGUUAUCUACUCCUUGCUGCUAAAGCUGCUCCUGUCGAAGAUCUAAUGGCUAUUACAUCAAAACCUAAUUUAAAUUCGGUAUCCAUCGCCUUCGCUAUUGGGGCAAUGAUUUUCUUGUCCAUGGCUCCUAAUCAAACCCUCGCAAAAUCCGCGCGCCCAAUUUUGGACACCGAGAUCAGAGAAAAGAAAAACCAGUGCUAUGCAGAUGUCGAAAGUGGAUUGUGGGGUGGGCAAUGCAAGUCUUCAAUGAUAGCCAAGGAGAAUUGUGCUUUACGGUGUCUUUCACCUGCUUGUUAUGAGCUGGUUUAUGAGGGGGAUCCGUUGGAAGAAGGAGAGAAAGAUGUUUCCAGGAGCCAAGAGUACAAAUACUGUAUGCACAAGCUAUCACUUGGGGAGAGCGUGGAUGGUAUCAAGGGUUCCUUCGGCUAUUAGACUCCUGCAUGUAACGUGGCAGCAUUGUGCGACCUGAUUAUGUUGGUUGUGCCCGGUUUUCGAUUCAGAAAAAAUAAAAAGCUGUGGUCACAGGCCAAGCGCACGUCUCACAAAAAAUGUGGGGUCCACCUAUGUUCAUUUUUUGAUCUGUGCACGUAGAACUGCGGUUAAAGGAUACGUGCUUGUGUGUUUGUGCGCUUGUUGUUGUACAAUGUCUAACUCUGAUUGAAAUCCGUUGAUGUUUCUGAUGUUUGAAGAAAAUUUCUACUAAUUGAUGUAAGCUAGGAGUUCAGGACGAUCAUACUUGGCUUGAUUUCCAUUAGAGGUUUCACAAAAAAGCCGGUGUCAUUUAUGUACUUGCGUGACCUAUAUGUAUCGUGAUUUUGUUGUCUCAA